CGACGUCAACGCCAUAAAUAUAUCGUCAGUAUUAUUAUCAUCUGCACAAACUCUGUAUUUUUUUCUUUUUUAAUUUUUGAAAGAAUAAUUUUUGUCAUACGAAUUUUGUUUGUUUCAUCUGCUUUCAAGCUUCUUUAAUCACUCUGUGUACGCUGUUCAAUCUGUGAACUGCUGCAAUCGUAAUAAGUAGCAAACGGAAGCAAACAAAGUAGCUGAUGACACACAAAACGGUACACCCACAGUGACACAACUGAAUGAAUCAGAAGAGAUAGAUAGAUAGAUAGAUAUAGAUGUAGAUAUAGGUGAACAACUUUUAAAGCACAGAAAAUAAAAGAAAAGUAAAACUGACCCAAAUUUUUUCUGCUUUAUUUUUUACCUUUCAAUGUGGUGGCUUUCAUUUCAUGCAAAGAUAUUUCAGAUAAAGACUGGCUCCCAUUUGGGCAUUGUUGCCAUCAUGUUGUGUUCCAUCAUUUUACAUACAGUAAGUUCAGUUCACUUCCUCACACUCUUUUCUCUCUCUCUCUUUAGUCUUUUCCCCUCACUGACAAUGCUUCAAUCCUUCUUAAUUAAUUCACCUUCUUCAUUUGGUUUUUGACUGAUUCUUUCCUAAAAUUUGAUCCCUUUUUCUUUUCCACAACAUUUGACGCUUUUCACCUCAUCAAAGUUUUAAGGCUUGAAAAGUAAAAAAGGUUCUUGACAUUCAUAAAGUUGCUAUCUUUGACUUGGCCAUUCUUUGGGUUGUUGUGUUUUUUUCUUUCUGGGAUUGAAAACUGAGCUCAUAAUCACAUUACUGGAAGUUGGUUUUUCUUUUUUUUUUUCCUUCUCAUGCAAAAUGGACAAUUGUCAAAACUUGUGACUUGUGUGUGAGCGUGUGCUGUGGUUUUAACUUUUGAGAGGAGGUGCUUUGGGUUUGAAGGCUCCGUUAAAUAUGGGUUGGUGGGAGAGUGGGAGUCAGUGGACCAGAUCAGUAAAUAGUUUCUCAGUCUUUAUCCAUUUCCUUUUGUCUUUGAAUUGAAGCCUCUCCUUGUCUAUCUUGGUUUUGGUGAGCUGUAAAACGCCCUUCAGUCUUUUCCUCCUGCUGCUAUGUUGAAUUUUGAACCUUCAUUAGGUCCAUGCCCAAAGGGUUCUUCUCUAAUCAUCAUCUUCUUUGCCUAAAAAGAACCCUUCUUUUUUUCUGACAAUUCAAUCUCUUCAUUAUGUGUGCAAUAAUCUUAGACUGAAUGCCAGUAAAUCUGAAUCUGAUCCCUGUUCUUUUCCACCUCUCAAGCAGGACCCUUUUGCUCUGCUUUCAGGCUGCUUUGUUUGAGCUCAUUUCUUGAGGGUUGUCUCUAGUUAUGCAUACUACUUGGUUAAUUCUACACAAUUCGUCGACAUAUUGGGGCAGUCUACCAUGCUGUGAUGUUCCCAAGAAUGGAUUUUGGUGAUCAUGUCUGCUUGACAAUGUGAUUGUUGUCAUAUACCAACUGAAAUUCAACUUGGAACCAAGUUCUUUUUCCCUUUGUUCAGCUUGAAAUUUCGUCCAAGAUUAGGAAAUUGAUUCACUUUGAGUGGUUUUCUGUUCUUUCACUUGGAAAAGUAAAGCCCUUUCAGCAGAGAAGAAAAAAGAAACAAUUUUUGUUUCAGAGAUUAGGUUUAGAGCUUUUGAGUUUUGAAGAUCUCAGUGAUUACCGUAAAGUUUGUAGUAAUCCAUGGAUAGAAGAGAUGCAAUGACCUUUUCCGGGUCAUCCCCUUACUAUAUUCAGAGAGGAGUAACUAGUUCUGGGAGUAGUUUACAGGGAUCACCAACAAUGUAUCCAUUAACAGGGACAAAUGCUUCUUCUUUCCAACCUAAUGCUGUUGGAAGUCCAAUUGGUGGAUCAUCACUAUCAGUUGAGCCAUCUUCAGCAAUGUCAGUUCGUGGUGUCAAUGCAGGGGCACCCUCAACUAUGCCACAGGGUGAGCCAGUUCGGAGAAAAAGAGGAAGACCUCGGAAAUACGGACCUGAUGGUAGCAAGGUUUCAUUAGCAUUGUCUCCAACUUCAUCUGCUCCUCCACCCCCGGUUUCAACCUCCACUGUUCAUAAGCGGGGAAGAGGAAGACCACCCGGAACUGGCCGGAAACAACAACUAGCCACCCUUGGUGGAUUGCUGUCAAGUUCAGCUGGGAUUGGUUUUACUCCGCAUGUGCUCACCAUUUCUGUGGGAGAAGACAUUGCAACAAAAAUAAUGGCAUUUUCGCAACAAGGACCGAGGGCUCUAUGUGUCUUGUCCGCAAAUGGUGCAAUUUCCACAGUAACUCUUCGCCAGCCUUCAUCUUCUGGUGGCACUGUGACAUAUGAGGGACGGUUUGAGAUAUUGUGCCUCUCAGGCUCGUACCUGGUAACUGCAAACAGUAGUUCUCAUAGUCGAAUUGGUGGUCUAAGUAUCUCUCUUGCUAGUCCUGAUGGUCGUGUAAUUGGUGGUGGAGUUGGGGGUGUUCUCAUUGCAGCCAGCCCAGUUCAGGUGAUAGUUGGGAGCUUUCUGUGUAGCAGCAAUUCGAAGACAAAGCAGAAGGAUAGCCAAAGUGUUGGGAGUGCAGUAGAAUCAGAUCAUCGGAUGGUUGACAAUUCUGUAACCAUUAAUAGCUUUCAACAAAGUCAGAAUCUGGGAACAACCUCGUCGAUGGCGACAUGGCCUGGUUCACAACAUAUGGAUGUAGUACAAACUUCUCAUGCUGACAUUGAUUUGAUGCACGGAUGACCAAAUUUCUGCUGGCUGGAACACGUUUCUCUAACACGGUUAAUACGCUAUAAGUGAGGUAGAUAAUCUGAUUUCAAACAUUAAGUUAUACAAUUCAAUCCACACAGUAAAGAUCUGACAGUAACAUGAUCGUCAUAAAAAAAACGAAGAUUUAGCAGGGCUAACAGAUUCAUUAAGCAUCAGACCAGGUGAUCUGCAGUUCACCCCGAUCACCUUCUGAAACUCCCAAGGCUUCCCAAACAGCUUUGGAGGCAUCGACAAUGCUGUUACCGCAUGGUGGCUGGUAACCAUGCUCUGCAUCACAUCCCACUGUGGAGUUACAUUCAUCCACUACCAUAGCUAUCACACUUCGUGCAUUAGCCUGAAUCGCUAUGUUUCUGAAACACCUACUUCCUCCACUGAACCAUCCUGUCGAAAGCGCAACCAAGGGAGUAUCAUCAGAGUGGUAUUUCCCAUCGCAAGCUGAUGGGCCGCCUCCAUCCCCGCCUUCUUCAAAGCUGUUAAUCGUCAGGGUUGCGCUGGUUUGCCCGAGAACUGGAGGCGAACAUGUGUAAGUUGGGUAUUGUUGUCCUUGUACACAGCAGUCCGAGUCGCAUU